ACCCUCCUCGUGAGCUGAGUGGCGCCUUUAUCACGUGACCGAGUGGGCGUAUUUAAGCCCCUGGCGCGAGAUCCGUAGAGAAGAGAAUAGUCGGUCACAGCAACGUUGUCUUCGUCGUUCACGCUGUCUUCAAAGAAAAAUGAGUGUCCGUGGAAAGCUAAAACACAGCCAGCAGAAGUCUAAUGAGAAUAUAAAGAGCUUUUUUACACCAUCUCAAAAGGCAAUGGGACUCCCGAGGCAAACCCUGCAGGUCCUCCAACCCUCAGCUGUCAACAAAGAUUUGGGGAGGUCGGCUCAGGCAGGGAAGGUCAUUCCCAAACGGAAACAGUGGAGUGCAGAACAAACUAGAGGUCCAAAGCGGGUGAAGGUAGAAGUCAAAUCCACACAAACAGAAGAAACUCAGUGUUUGACAGAUGGGAUGUCCAAUGAAGCAUAUGAACUUAUGGUCCAAGAAACUCCUCCUUCCACCUACUGGAAAGAGGUGGCCGAGGAGCGACGGAAGGCCUUGUACAAUGUUCUACAGGAGAAUGAGAAGUUGCACAAAGACAUUGAGGCCAAAGAUGAGCAGAUAACAAAACUUAAGAAUGAGAAUGAAGAGCUGCAGGAGCUGGCGCAACAUGUACAGUACAUGGCUGAUAUGAUUGAGAGACUGACAGGGAAGUGCCCAGACAAUCUAGAGGAACUGAGGGACAUUGCCCUUGAUGUGGAUGAGGAUGAUGAUGACGACGACGACAGUGAAAUGGCAGGUCACAGUGAGGAAGAGGAUUCUGAUCACAGUCUGAGUGAUGCAGAGGAAGAAGAGACCUCAGACCAUGAACAAGCAGGAGCCUCAAAGCAGGACUAAGUGACAACUCUCUUGUCAUGGGACUUUGUCUUUAUACAGGUCAGCAGAUUUUACUUCAGCAGCAAGUGGCCAUCCAUUUGAAGAAAGUGACUUUGCAAAGUAAUAUGUUCAGAAUACUUUUAAAAUGUGUUGAAUUUUAAGCCUUGAACAGACAGGAACUGAUUUACUUCUUUUAUUCAGUGAUUUUUAGCUUUUGCUAGACUUGUCACUUCUAAGGCAGAAUGGACCAUUUUCAUGGAAGACUUUGACAUGUCAGUUAAAAGCACAGAUGAGAUGUAUAGAGUAACAUGAGUUACCACAUAAUACCUGUGCUUUUACUAUGAUCAAAAUGUCUGCUGUGAAAAGGCUGAUUGUGCUACACUCACUACUAGAUGUGGCCUACUUGAAGCAUGGCUGUCUAGUGUUUUGGUUUACGCUGUAAAAAUUGUGCAGUGUUUCGGCACUACUGUGUACAUGAAUCUUGUGUAAAAUAAACUUUUUAAAAAAGGAAGAAAAA